UCCAGCAAAGGCUGGGGAUUUCCCUCCCUUGUGAAACUUAGCAGCAGUCGUUCAGCCUAGCCUCAGGUACAGUGCCACUGAACAGGGGGUUCCAUGGGUUCUAAUGAAGAUCAGACACUCGGUUGGGUGGUCUUUUAAAUACCGGUCAACUUUCCAGCUAGGAACAGAGGCUGGAGGCAAGCCCCUUAGCCUUCACGGUACCCAAACUAAGAACUAUUAUUUUCUUAAUGCAAAGCUCCAUUCCGAGAGAGGCUGAACUAUCCUGGGGAAAAGCCUGGAAGGAAAAUCCGUGUUUCUCAAGCUUUCUUUUCACCUCCACUUCCUGUACCUUUUUUCUGUCCUUCACCUUUCUCCUCAGAGAGUCAGGUCUCCUCUUCUUCCUCUGCAGGUUCCCAGUUCACAAUGGACAGGUGUUUUUUGCAUUUCCACUGACUUCCAGAGCGUCGUCCCCUGCCUUCGGAAAGGCCUCCGGGGCCGCCAUGUUCGCCCGUCCCCACAAGACCAGCUUUCCCAGCGGGAAUUCCUCCGACUGCAUCAACGGCUCCGAGUGGAUCCUGACCGUCUUUCACGAGUGUGCUCAGGAUGGCCGGGACGUCGCCAGCGUGGUGCUGGGCCUGGUUUCUAUCGUCUGCUUUGCUGCGGCUUCCUUCCCUCAGUUCUACCUGGCCUGUAAAACGGGCAUUAUGGACCAGGCGCUGUCCAUCUACUUCCUCCUGGGGUGGCUCGGAGGCGACUCCCUGAACCUACUUGGGUCUUUCUUGGCCGAUCAGCUGCCGCUACAGGUAUACACCGCCAUUUACUACGUGCUGGCCGACUUGCUCAUGAUCUCUUUAUACGUCUAUUACAAAAUCAAGAAUCAAAACAGAAUCUUUUCUGCUUCAGUCAAUGCUGUCUUCGCGCUCAUAGUCCUGGGAACAACGUUGGUGCCCUCCUGGUCGGGGGAAUCUACCUCUUCUCAUCUUGGCGAUGGAACGAUGUUCAAAAGCAGGAGACUUCUGUCCUCUGCGGACUACCCGUCAGGAUGGGAGCCUUUCACCAAAAAGGAAAUCUUUGGCUUUGUGAUUGGAUCAACUUCUUCGGUUCUGUACCUGCUUUCCCGGGUCCCUCAGAUCUAUACCAAUUUCAAGAGGAAAUCCACCACCGGGAUCUCUUAUUCUCUCUUUGCUCUGGUGAUGCUUGGAAAUUCACUCUACGGCCUCAGCGUCUUAAUGAAGAACCCAGAUCCGGGGCAGGCGGAAGGCAGUUACGUGAUCCACCACUUGCCGUGGCUGAUUGGCAGCUUGGGGGUUCUGUCCCUUGACAUCGUGAUUUCGUUCCAAUUCCUGGCCUAUCGCCGGAAGAGACUGCCGGUCCUGGAAGAGAGGGACGCUCUCUUGGGCAAGCAAGAUGACCCCCUUGAGAGCUGACCGGUGCACAGAGCGGCGGUCGGGUCUUUGCUGUGGUAGGAUCCCAGCAGCGCGUUUUGGAGUUCUCCUGCAACUCUAGAGAACACAGGACUCGGCCAUUCUCCCUUCUAGAAAUCCUUCGCCUCUGGAAGGUGUGCCUGACAAGCCCGCUUUCCUAGAUGCCUUUAAAAAAAAAGAAAAUGAACAUUGAGGCACGAGACCAUACUUCGCCUGAUGGUGAACUUGAAGCUUCCCCACCCCAGCCUUACCCGCCAAAGGGAAAACUGUAAUUUAUGAAAGGGAAGAGAACUGUUGAAAGAAACCCCAAAAGGGAAUCCGCUACAUAGCAGCUGGCUGCCUGGACCUCGCCCGAGGCUCGUGAGCCUGCGUUCCUUCAGUAUCCAGGAAAAGGAGUCUGGAGGGGUCUUCUUCGCACAUGGGGCACUCCUUUUGAUGGGCAUGUGUGUGGACGUGGAGAAAUAAAAUAAAAAUAUUCCCCCCACCCCACCAGGACUGGAUACGGUUGCUUGCUUAAUCCACCUCUACCCUCCUACGCUGCCCUUGAAGCAAGGGUGGGUGGGUUUCAACCCUUUGCCGAGCAAGGGCGAGAAUCCUUGCCACGUUAACCGGGUAACCUCUGCAGAGUCCGCAGCGCCUAAGCAGAGCGGCGCUUCUGAGGUUGGUGAGACGUUCAGAGGUAGGCUGCCUCUGGCCGGAGAGGCUCCAUCCAGUUACAUUCCCUCCUACGCAUUUUAAAACCCUUUUCUCAUACAUACAGGACUCUGAGACGGGAAGGAGGUUAUUUUCCCCAAGGAGUCAAUGCUGGCGUAAAUAUUUCAGGGUGGCUGGCCCUAGAAAAUACAAAAUGAAGGUAACAAAGCUGAAAAGCCUAGAACUGCUGCUAAAAAGCUGUAAGCUCUACUAACAGCUGUGGGAAACGAGGUGGGUUUGGAGUGGGGGUCUUGAGGAAAAGGGCCAAGGGACCCUGUCUCUGAGGACAGGAGCCUAUUUGCCAACCGGUGUCCACCUUCAGUCUGACCCAUCCAGCUUCCCAAAUUAUUCCCAACUGAAUACCAUGAGAGACCCCGGUCUCAAACCAUACAGAUGUUAAAAAGAUGCCAAGCUACGCUUAGGAGACCAGCGAGAAAAUACCAUUUCCCUUAGCAGAAGUUUCCAUUUUCACCCCCACCCCAAGGCUACGACCCGCCCGCCAAACGCUGGACGCUUGCGAGCUGGGAAAGGACAAGAGAAGGAAACAGAAACGGCAGAGCAUCCAACGCUUUACAUUUUUUAAAGAUUUAUUUUAUUUUACUUUUUCCUGUUUUAGGUAUGGAGGCUCAAGUAGAAGAUGUAGAUUCCAAUUUAAGCAUUACAUAUUAAAAAAAAAAUAAUAACCAGUCUUUUGCAUUCCAUAGAAAUCAAGAACAGGUCAAAAGCAGCACACCUCAGCCGCUCAGAUGGAAAGCAGGACCUUGGCGGCUCGCCAGCUUUGCAAUUUUCACCGAUCUCGGGGGCAGCUUCCGCGCCCCGCCCCGCCGUCCUCCUUUCCAACUUUUCCCAAACAUACACCAAACACAUUUUCCACGACGGUUUCUUCCCUCUUUCACAGACCACAGUUUUUAAUAAAGGUUUUUGUUUUGUUUCUUUUACAUUUUUUACACCAAUAUAACAAAAUAUGGAAAGAGCAGGGGGAGGGGGCCGCAUCAAAAAAAAAAGUGAUUGGUGGAAAUAUGCAGAUAAACAUAAGGCCCAGAAGAAGUGGGGGGGGGGAAGCUGGGAGGAGGGCAAAAGU